AAUUUCUCUUUCGUCUUCUGGUUUUCAUUGUACAACAAGAGAAACCGACGACUGCAUUUAAAUUUUCACGUGUAUAUUGUUGAAAAUAAAGGGUUUUAUAAGAGGCUCUGCAUUAAUUCUAUAAAACGAUAUGAGAUCUUGGUUUCACGAGCAGCUUUUAGCAAGAGCAAUAGCAUCAGCAGUAUGGACCAUAGUUUUGCAAGUGCCAAUGGUUCUUGGCCUAAAGUUAUUGUUCAGCGGGUACCAAGGACUUUGGAAUUCUCUUUCACUGUUCCUCCAUUAUGGAUCUCUCUUUAGCCUGUUUAUGAUUCCACUCUGCAUCUGUGGGUUUACUUUCACCCACCUCAAAUGUUACAAAACUGAACCCUUGGUUUAUUCCACGAGAUGGGCAAUACUGAAGCAAUUGUCAAGCCCAUCUUUUCUACUGCUUCUUGCUUGGUACUGCAACAUAUGUGGAAUUUUGAUGAAUGCUUACUUCGGUAUGGCUGUACCUUUUCUGGGCUCACUGGGCACUCAGUGGUCUGAUAGGAAGGCAUGGUGUCUCAAUGAGCAACACUUGUUUAGCAUUUUCUUUGGAUGUUGUCUUGGUGUAUGUGAAGCCUGGGACUAUUUCUUUUCUGACAGAAGACUAGUAAAGGUGCCACAUGUUCAGCUAACAAUCAAAGUGGCUGUCCGAUCCAGCAUUGCUCUGCUCAUCAAGAAAUCCCUGGGUGUAACUCUCAAAAGAUACUGUGUGUAUAUUUUUCUUUACUUGCUAUUUGGAGGCUAUGUUCGCAUCUAUAUUCUCGCUGUGACGAGACUUGCAUUGGACGAACCUCUGGAUACCAUUGUUACAUUGAUAAACAUCUCUUUGGCAUUACGCUGCAUCCUCAUCGGGUCAGCUUGUGUUUUUACCAUCAGACUGUGCGAUUUAUUUUUCCAGUUGUAUGAAAUCAAGCCAAUUUCAUUUCCUAUCGUUCGCGUGGCAGAUGAAACGUCUCCUUUGCUCCAUGAGGCUAUAUCUUCAGACACCGCCCUGCUUCGACUUUGGGCUUGUAGAGAUUGGACUAUACUGGCAGAGCAAAGUGCAGAACGACGAUCUCUGAUUUUCUCAGUCAGUCAACCAGGAAAUCACCCUCACAAUUGGAAUAAUGUACUCUCAGCUAUCCAACCUCAAUGUCUACACUUCAUUGCACUGCUUAAGGGAGAAACCAACGUGUCCAAGACAGAGAGUAAAAACGUCCCUGCUCCACAAUCUCCACCUUUUUAUGAUUCGUUCACUAGCCCGGUACGAAUGCGCAGCAUGGCACUAGCAUCCCCAUCCAGUAAGGAAAUGGAUUCAAAUUCCCUGCCGAAAUCUAGUUUGCAAGACAAACUUCAGUCCAAAAUGCAAGAGGCAUUUGAAAAUCUAAAAAGAAAGCCCAUCAUCAGCUUCUUUUGGGGAGAGCUGCCUGAUGCUAAAAGAAGACAGACGUUUGCUAAAGCUGAACCAAUCAUUUUACUUAUCGAAGGACUUUCACAUUUUGUGGCGGCUUCAUUUGUUGAAGAUAAAUAUGGAGUCGUUCAAAAGGAUCUGCCCGAAAUUCUAUGUAUGCUACUGGACCUCCAGGCGGCUGUUGAACAACGUGGGCCAUCUAGUGGUGCAAUUACGAAGCGGACAGAAGCAUUCACUAGUUCGCCCACAGAUGUCCAACUGAAACAUCGCUUAAAGCGGGCUAUAAAAUCUUCCAUCUAUAGAAUUGUUGUUCGAUUUCAGCUACACAUUUUGAAUGUUCCGCUGCCCCCUACGCAGAAGAGGAUGUUGGAACAAUACCUGGAAUAUCUCGUAGGCUAGAGUGUUAUUCAUUUUUUUUUCCUUCAUUGGCUGAUUUCUUUUAAAAUUAAUGUAUACUGCCCGCCAGUAAGGCUGUGUCACCUCACAAUAGGAUGACAUGAAUUUUACUGGAUAAAUUACAAACACGUGAACUUGUAA